AUGCUGAGCCGAGUCAGCAACUUCCGCCUGCCAAAAGGCGGAAGCACUCGAGCCAACAGGCAUCAAAGCAGACCACCAUCAGUCCCUUCUGGUACAGCUGCAAGUACUGCAUCUAUCCCGGUGCGCUCAGGUAACUUUUGGGACCCCUGCGCUGCUGGCGGUUCCGCUGCGUCUGCUACUCGUGGCCCUGAACAAGAUGAUGUUGCUCCUAUGGACAUCGAGAUGGAUGAUUCUCGGGAAGGGCUGUCUGGAGAGGCUGGAGGGACUCCAGGCUCUCAGGCUGCCGGUUUGAAUAUACCCGCCACUCCCCGUCCUGAUGUUGAAGAUGUACCGGAUGAAGGGGACCAACCUGCCAAGGCAUAG